AUGGGUGCUGCACAGAGCCAUGCAGAUGCGUCUGAAGCUUCGUCUCCGGUUAAGACAGUUCGUAUAGAGAAGGAUGAAAUUCCGGAAGAAUUUAGAAAUGUUGGUGUUUCCAAUGAAGUCGUUGAUCGUGUACUGAGUAGAAACAACAAUUCCGCUGAGUUUAGCGCUCUCAAGGCAGAAUUGUAUGAAGCGCGAAGACGCAAUGAGGAGCUGAUAACUGAGCUUCGGAAGUCGAAUGACAAAGAUAUGCCUUUUCAUAUUGCUGGCGGUAUAUCACUGGAAGAUCUCGAAAAUCGCAGGCAGGCACUUAACGAAGCAAUUAGUCGUGUAGAAAAACAGUUUUGUUCUUUCCAGAGGGAAAAUGUUUGCGAAUCUCAGGAAAAGGAGAUAAUGCAGUGCAUAGUUAAUAACAAAGAUCGGGUUUUAAAUUGCCUUCCACUACUGGACAGUUACCAGGACUGUGUUACCAACUUCCGAAAGGCAGUUUUGAGUGAAAAGAGUAUUUAA